AGAGUUGUGAAGAAUCAAAGUUUAGAAAAUGAGUUCAACAAGCAGAGCAUGGGUUACAGCAGUGAGUUUAGGAGUAGUAGAGGCACUAAAAGAUCAAGGAGUUUGUAGGUGGAAUUACACAAUUAGAGCCAUAAAUCAGCACGCUAAGAACAAUCUACGCUCGUAUUCACAAGCCAAAAAAAUCUCUCCUCAGUCUUCUUCUUUGAUUUAUCCAAAAAGUGAAACGAAGGAGAAAGCCAAGCAGUCUGAAGAGUCUUUUAGGAAAGUUAUGUACUUGACCUGUUGGGGUCCAUAUUGAAUUCCAACAGUUAAAUUUUUGCUAUUUUUAUGUACAUUUAUAUUUCCUUGAGAAUUUAGGAUAAUGUUGAUGAAGUUAUUUUAUAGCUUAAGGCUCAAUUGCCUUGUCAAUAUUAAUAGAAAAACUUUUUUUUCUAGUCCA